GAGUGCGUUCACCUUAUGCUUGUGGUAUUUAAGCUUUUACAUGUGUCCUUGUGUUCCACCAGGUGCCAGCGUUCCCAGGGGCCCGAGGUGCUUCCAAGGUGCCACUGCUCCUCUCAUAAGGCCACACCAUGUCAUUGCUGGGAGAACCACGGCAUCGUCUCCGGCAUGCGGUGCGCCACGGACAAGGCUUCCCGGGUGGCCCUCACCGUCCUGUUGGUGAUGUUCAUGGUGUACUUAGUGAAGCAUGGCAGCGAGGACCCCGCCUCUGCUAAGACACUCAGCCUUAACCCCGUAGAAGGAAAACCUGAAAUGCAAGAGAAUACUGAUGACUUGGAGAGCCCCACUACUACGGGCCAUCCCGAUCCUACCCCUAGUCCCACGCCCAUGGCUGGUCUGAGGCCCUACACGGUGAUAAAGAACAAGGUGCGCUAUCUAGAUCUCACGUCACCACUCAAUGCCAACGCCAACACCGAUGAAGCAAUACUGAAACUCUCUGAAGCCGAAGCACUGAAGCAUCUCAACUACUCGAACUACAACCCUGAGGAGCGGCAAUACCUGCAGGGCCGCGUGGAUGUGAUGGUGGAGAGAGCCAGGCAGGUGAAGCACGCCUGUCUUAACCCGCCUUCUUAUCGUUACCGCUUCCCUAACCUGGUGUGGGAUACGAAGCACCACGUCACCUGGUGCCCUAACUACAAGGUGGCCUCAACAACCUGGAUGAUCAACUUCCUGAAGCUGAUCAACUUCAACGACGACAACCCCAACAUUCCAGUGAACAUCUCGCCGGAGAGGAGGGAGGAGCUCAAGUAUUCACCGCGGUUCGGAGCCAAGCACUACGAGGUGUUCAAGAAUUACCCGACCCCCAAGACUUGGCAGGAGAAGAUGGACGUCCUUCAAAGCAGUGCCAGGGUCAUCAUCGUCAGGCACCCCUUCACCAGGAUCCUCUCGGCCUAUCGCGACAAGAUGAUCAAGCCCAAGCCACUCCCAGCCAAAUUCAAAUUCAAGGAGCUACAGAAGAAAAUCAUCAAGGAAUAUCGCCCGCGUGACUCCCCGGAGACCUCGCCCUUCCCCACCUUCCCGGAGUUCGUGCAGCACAUCAUAGACUCCACCAAGUACUUCACCACCGGGGAGGACUGGCGCAAGAAUGUGAAGUGUUGGGUGCCGUUCUGGGCGAUGUGUGACGUGUGCUCCUUGGACUACAACGUCAUCAUGAAGCUGGAGACCAUGACUGCCGACGAGAGGUUCCUCAUCACUCUGUCUGACAUGAAGGAACUCAAAAAGACCGACGGGGAGUGGCGCCACCUCAGGAACGUAUCCUCCACUGAAGCGGCGCCAGACUUCUACCGGAAGCUCAACACUCGCCAGAUGCUCGACCUUCACCAGCGGUACAAAUUCGACUUUGAUCUUUUCGGCUACAACCUCGACUCCUACCUGCCCCUGGCCACGGACGCCCACCUCCACGCCCGCCGCCAAUUUUAGUGUGUGUGUGUGUGUGUGUGUGUGUGUGUGUGUGUGUGUGUGUGUGUGUGUGUGUGUGUGUGUGUGUGUGUGUGUGUGUGUGUGUGUGUGUGUGUGUGUGUGUGUGUGUGUGUGUGUGUGUGUGUGUGUGUGUGUGUGUGUGUGUGUUCCCUGCAGUAGGGGAAGGACCAGCUGGCCACACACACCACGGCUGGUUGGAGUAACACUGCUGCUGUGUCCCUUGCAUGCUGUAAGAGGCGUUUGCAAAGGACGAGGUGCAGGGUCUGGAAACCCUCCGCUGUACUUUUAUUCCCACAAUAAGACAAGGCCUACCUUGUCUCAUUUACAUCAGUUUAAGGGAGUUUAUUUAUUGAUAUUUAUUUAUUAAUAUCUACCUAUAUAUCGAUUUAUGGUAUCUGCAUACAUUCGUAUGUAUUCUCGUCCUGUAUCAGGACUGUUCAGUGGUCUGGUAUAAAGAAUACUUGUAGCGUUACUAUCCGGCACUAAUGGAGAGAUAUACUUGCAUGCUACGCAACUUUGUUCAUUUUUCUAAAUAAAGGUUUUCACGCAUGUUA